AUGAACUUGGAAGCCCGAGUCAUCCUCGUCCUCCUAUACUUUCUCACUCUCUACGUCACUUUAAGACUGGAAAGUCUCAGACAUCUUCACAUUGAAACUUGGCUCGACCCAACACGUCUCACUCUCAAGUUCUAUGUCAUCACAAUGAGCACACAAACACAAACAAUCAUACUCCAACCAACAUGUCCAAAUGAAGCCAACAUAAGCGAAUAUGAAAACACCCAACACCAAAGCCCCCCAGAAGUGAAAUGGAAGUAUCCCAAGAUCCUCAGCGCAGGAUUAUCCUUCUUCGUGGCGGGUAUCAACGACGGAAGUCUAGGAUCGAUACUUCCCUACGUGAUCCGCACAUAUGGAAUCAACACUGACAUGGUUGCCGUACUAUACGGCACAACCUUCUUUGGCUGGCUCUUCGCAGCCCUAACAAACAGCACAAUAACCCAAUACCUAGACUUAGGCCCAAUCCUCUGCCUAGGAGCCGGCAUCCAAAUCCUAGCACACGUGCUAAGAGUCUGGCUUCCCCCAUUCGGCCUAUUCGUGGUAACGUUCUUCCUCGCCAGCUUGGGCCAAGCGUACAAUGAUACUCACGCCAAUACAUUUGUUGCUUCGCUUCCUGGUGCGCACCGUUACCUCGGUUUCAUACAUGCUAUGUAUAUGGCUGGGUGUUUAGUAGGGCCAUUUGUGGCGACGGGUGUUGCAUCUGCAAAUGCUGAUUCGAAGUGGUCCCUUUUCUAUGUUUUCCCACUUGGGAUUGGGAUUGCAAAUCUGGUUACUGUUGGUGUUUCGUUCAGUGAUCGGAUGGCUUCUGCUUUGUCUUUGAUUUCUGGUGCCAGGAGGGAGAGAAAUGCUAGUGGGGCGGCAUUGAGGGAGAUCAAGGAUACGCUUUCUAUUUCUGGGGUUUGGUUAUUGAGUUUGUUUUUCUUUUUCUUCCUGGGGGCUACUAUUACUGCUGGAGGCUGGAUGGUCGAAUACCUCGUAAAUGUUCGCGAUGGAGAUGUCAAGCAGAUGGGUUAUGUCCCGGCAGGCUUCUAUGGAGGUGCGUUCCUUGGACGACUUCUUUUGGCAGAGCCUACCCAUCGAUUUGGGGAGCGGCGGAUGAUUUUCAUUUAUGCUGUGCUGUGCUUGGGAUUACAUGUCCCGAACAUCAUUACCGAAGCAGUGGCUGUCAGUUUACUCGGUUUCUUCAUGGGCCCAUUCUUUGCAACGGGCAUAUCGGUAGGCACAAAAAUCUUCCCGCCAGAACUUCAAUCUUCCGCAAUUGCAUUCGUCUUCGUCUUCGGACAGAUUGGCGGCUCGAUUUUCCCCGCCCUAACGGGUAUCAUUGCCGCCAGAGUCGGUGUGCAGGUUUUGCAACCUAUGCUUGUUGGCUUGAUCGGGGCGUCGGGGUUGAGUUGGUUGAUUUUGCCAAAGGAUGCCCCGUUGCAUCGGGAUUAA